ACAAUGAUCUUCGCUGACGUUGCUAUUUCCUGUGUUUAUAGAACUCAGCUAAAGUCGGUGUAGGUGUGAUGAUUGAGAGUUCAGCGUUGAGCCCAGAGGAAAUGGAGAUGCAAAUGCAACAGAUGCAGAUGCAACAGUCAUUAACAUCGCCUCCAUAAUUAGAUUUUGCCGUAACUUCAUGACCAUAGGGGACCUGCUCAUUUUUCUUCUGCCCACAUGUCAGAUCUCUUUGCUAUCCGCGACCUUAGCUGUACAAGCGAAGACGGUACACAAAUAUUCUCCGGUGUAGAGCUAACCUUGGCUGAAGGUGAUGUUGUAGUCGUCCAAGGCAAGAGCGGUUGCGGAAAAACAACAUUUCUAAAAUGCCUUGCCCAUUUGAAUCUGUAUAAUGGUCACAUUUUGUUUUGCGGAAAAACACCCAAGUCAUAUGGUAUUCCUCUUUAUCGAACGAAGGUUGCAUACGUACCCCAGCGACCCCCAUUACUUGCGAGUACUCCCCGAACCUUCCUCGCUACCGCAUCAUCGUUCAAGGCUCGCAGAAGAAAUGGCAGGAAGGAUUCACGAUUGAAUGAAGAUCUGGAACAUCCUGUGAAGAUAGCGAGCUCCUGGGGGAUUGAUACCCAGUUAUGGGACCGUGAAUGGUCAAAUCUCAGUGGAGGAGAAAUUCAGCGAAUCGCGCUCGCAAUUGGUAUCGGGCUUGAUACCGCCGAGGUGCUGCUUCUAGAUGAGCCAACGUCAGCAUUGGACCAGGACUCUUGUCUCCUAGUCGAACGGCAUAUUUUGGAUACUUUGAAAUCCAGUGAAAGCCCGCUGAAAGCGAUCGUCUGGAUAACGCAUUCCCCUGAGCAAGCGGGUCGUGUUGGGACACGGUUCCUACAGUUCGCGGAUGGCAGUUCCUAUGAAGAAUCUAAUCCACCAGUGUAGCCAUGACGCGUGUUUUAUACGAAGCAUUCCGAUAACAUCCAAGUACAA